AGAAGACAUCUAGAGAUUGGGAUCAUCCCUGUUCCUGUCUCUCUCUUCUUUCUCUCUCUUCUCUUGGUUCCCUUCUUUACUUAAAUCUUAAAAUCCAAUAACUACAAACAAAGUUCAACAGUACCAUCAUCAUACCCAUCAUCAUCAUCAUCAUCAGAAUUCCAAGGGGUUUUAGGUUUUCAUGUUUUGUUGAUCUACUGGGGAACUGAGGAUGUGGUGGUGAAAACGAUGUAUGGGGAGUAGAACUACCGGAGGUUUUGGUGUUGAAGAUGACAAGGGAGCUGAAAGAGGAAUGCCGAGCUUCAAUUCUGAGUUACCCAUUUCCAAUUCUAGUUAUGCAGAGGGGAGCACAAUUGAUUCUUUUCGUGUUUCUGACUUUGGUGCAUUUGAUCAGCCAUAUCGCGUAGAGGAUGCUGUUGGCCUUAGUGGAAACCCAAUUUACAACUCACUAAAAGUAAGUAGCCAAACAAUUUAUCCGGGUUCUGUUCCCAUUCAUAGCCUUGAUCAGUUGCCAACUUCGCUUGAUAAAAGCCCAUUGACGAAUCAAACAGAGCUGCAUAGGUUGCGAUUACAGAAGGUUCAAUCAUCAAAUCCUGACACUAUAUUAAUUGGUAAUACAGAUAACCAGGAGGAGUCUGCCAUGGCUGAUGCCAGUCCCAGGACUGAUAUUUCUACAGAUGUUGACACUGACGACAAGAAUCAGCCGUUUGAUAGAAAUGAAUCCCUUACUAUUGUUUCUGACUCUAGUGACAGAUCAAAAGAUAAAUCAGAUCAGAAGACUCUCCGCAGGCUUGCCCAGAACCGUGAAGCUGCAAGAAAAAGCCGUUUGAGAAAGAAAGCCUAUGUCCAACAGUUAGAAAGCAGUCGCUUGAAGCUGACCCAACUAGAGCAAGAGCUUCAACGAGCUAGGCAGCAGGGGAUCUUCAUAUCAAGCUCGGGUGAUCAAGCACAUACACUAAGUGGAAAUGGGGCAAUGCAAUUUGAUGCAGAAUAUGCAAGGUGGCUGGAAGAGCAGAAUCGACAAAUAAAUGAGCUAAGAGCAGCUGUAAAUUCUCAUGCAAGUGACACUGAACUGCGCAUGAUUGUUGAUGGUAUAUUGGCGCAUUAUGAUGAAAUUUUUAGGUUGAAGGGUGUUGCAGCCAAGGCUGAUGUUUUCCAUCUGUUGUCUGGUAUGUGGAAAACGCCUGCUGAGAGGUGCUUUUUGUGGCUUGGUGGUUUUCGGUCAUCUGAACUCCUCAAGCUGCUGGCAAAUCAAUUGGAACCUCUGACAGAACAGCAGCUGAUGGGUAUCACCAACUUGCAGCAAUCUUCCCAACAGGCAGAAGAUGCAUUGUCUCAGGGUAUGGAAGCAUUGCAACAGUCCCUUGCGGAGACAUUGUCCACUGGAGCACCUGCCUCAUCUGGUUCAUCAGGGAAUGUGGCAAAUUACAUGGGUCAAAUGGCUAUGGCCAUGGGUAAGCUAGGAACGCUUGAAGGAUUCAUUCGACAGGCCGAUAAUCUUCGCCAGCAGACUCUACAACAAAUGCACCGAAUUCUGACGACUCGCCAAUCGGCUCGUGCCCUCCUUGCCAUACACGACUAUUUUUCGCGGCUGCGUGCUCUCAGUUCACUCUGGCUGGCUCGCCCAAGAGAUUGAUCGGCAUGGUAAAUAGUAUGUUAAAUUAAAUUUAAUGGAUCCAUCACCAACCAGCAAUACUUGCUCAUCAUAGGUUUUACUUUGACAAGUUUACUUGUGUUGUAUUGCAGUCUUUGUAACACUGAUGUUAGUGCUUCAUUAAGGCACAUAGUCUAGAAACGAAAUUGGUGACAAAAAGUAUGCUUGUUGUCUCUACUAAUAAUAUUCACCAUUGAAAUUGUUGAAUGGCCUUGUUUCUUCCAUAGAAAUAUAGUUGCUUAUGA